AUGGAAUAUUGUCCAAGCUCAAUUGAUAAAAUAUUUCUUGAAAGAUGGGUCCUCACAAACGAAGAAUUAUAUCGAUAUGCAAUUGGAAUGGCUCAAUCCUUACAAAGCUGCCAUGAAUUUGGUAUUCGUCAUGGAGAUGUAAAGCCAUCAAACUUCCUUAUAGAUAAAUAUGGAAGAGUUAAAAUUUGUGACUUCGGGUUUUCCCAAAAGCUCAAUCGCGAUGAAAAUAAUACAAAUUUUAGCGGAACAUUCAUAUAUGAAUCUCCAGAGAUCAUUAGACAAGAACCAUUUGAUGGAUUUGCAGCUGACAUUUGGGCUCUUGGUGUAUCGUAUUUUAUUUUAAUUACAGGUCAAUGUCCUUGGAAUUUAUAUUCCAAAGAUGCAAUGAUUAAAUCAAUCCAGAAUGCUAUUUUCGACGAAUUCCAAAUCAAUGAUUUGCUCCUACGAAGGAUUGUUUCUCUUUGUCUCCAGAUAGAUCCUACAAAAAGACCAUCUGCAGAAGAUCUUGUUAAUAUGCUCCGCGAAAAGAUUGAAACUGGAAGGAAAAAGCUAAUAAGGCCGAUUUCAUCGGCUAUGUUUACAACACCUUUGAUGAAAUCAAAAACACACACAAGAAUUAGGCAUGUAUCAAGCUUUUAA